GCCUCGCCUUCCCUAUACUCGUCUCCUAUUCAUUGCGGUCGUCCUGCCCUGCACCUCCAGGGUUCCGCUCGACAUACUUCCGCGAUGCUCGAUUUUCGAUAGACCUACCUAUUCGUAGCUUUCCUCUGUCACUGGAUGCGAUUUUACCGGAGCGUUUCGUUUCGAUGAUUUGGUGUUCGUAGCCUUGAUUGACGAUAGUGGGAACUGGAAGCGACAGCUUCGACCAUGAUUCCCAUUUCCGACUUCGAUCAGCAUGCGAGGCGGUUUCUCGAUCCGGAUCAAACGCCGUUGCAGCGGCUGCAGCUGGCGACGGAGGUGCGCGACAGCAUCGAGAUCGCGCACACGGCGGAGUACGGCAACUUCCUCCGCGCCUACUUCCACGUCUUCGUCGCCGUCCUCCGCCAGCUCACCGGCCCCCAGUUGGUGGACAACCUGGAGCACAAGUUCCGCAAUGUGGUGCUCGAGGUGCUGAACCGCCUGCCGCACAGCGAGGCGCUGCAGCCGUACGUGCCCGAGCUGCUGCGCCUGGCGCUGUCCGUCCUAGCCACGGACAACGAGGACAACGCCAUGGUGGCGCUGCGGAUCAUCUUCGACCUGCACAAGAACUUCCGCCCCAAGCUCGAGCACGACGUGCAGCCGUUUCUGGACUUCGUCUGCAAGAUCUACCAGGCCUUCCCUGCUACCGUCAGCUUCUUCUUUGAUGAGGGCGGCGGCGGGGACCAGAUGCGCCGAGCAGCCGGGAUGGGGGAUGGCGGGGGGCUGAACCCGUCCACGCGGUCGUUCCGGGUGGUGACGGAGUGUCCGCUGAUCGUGAUGUUUCUGUUCCAGCUGUACCUGCGGUACGCGGCGCACAACAUCCCCGUGCUGCUGCCGCUCAUGAUGCAGUGCAUCGCCAUUGUGGGGCCCUCGCCGCACCACCACGUGCCCGCACGCCUCAAGGCUGCUUAUGCUGACCUCAAGGCAGCCCAGAUCAAGACGGUGUCGUUCCUGACGUACCUGCUGAGGGGCUAUGCGGACAUCAUCCGCCCGCACGAGGCCAACAUUGCCAAGAGCAUCGUCAACCUCCUCCUCACAUGCCCUGACGUCGUUGCCACACGCAAGGAGUUGCUGGUGGCAACGCGCCAUGUGCUGGCCACGGACUUCAAGAGAGGCUUCUUCCCUCAGCUGGACACGCUGCUCGACGAAAGGGUGCUGGUGGGCACGGGCAGGGCGUGCUACGACACGCUGCGACCCCUCGCGUACUCGCUUCUCGCAGAGCUCAUCCACCACCUCAGGGACGAGCUCUCCCUCAUCCAGUUGUCGCGCAUUGUGUAUCUGUUUUCCCGCAACGUGCACGAUGCCUCGCUACACCUGUCAGUGCAGACAACAUGCGUUCGCCUCAUGCUCAACCUGGUGGAAACCAUCUUCAAGCGCCGCUUGGCCCAUGAGGAUGGCCGAGUGCUGCUGGAUCGCAUUCUGGAUGCCUUUGUCAGCCGCUUUGGCACGCUCAAGGAGAGCGUUGAGUCGCAGUUGGUGGAAGAGGCGGGAGCACAGGAUGCGACAUCAGAGGAGCGCCGCAGCCUGAGAGCACGGCUUGAACUGCCAGUGCAGAGUGCGCUGGCGGGCCAUGUGGCCAUGGACCAUGCCAAGGAGGUGGCGGACUGCAAGCAGCUCAUUCGCACGCUCAUAAUCUCCAUGAAGACUUUGCUGUGGAGCAUAACACACUUCUCCAAUGCAGCGCCGCAGCCGACACACCCCGCCAUGCCCAACACGCCGCAGCCGUCAGGCAGCAAGGGCAUGCGCCAGGACGAGGUGCUACUAGCCAGUGCUAUGCUGCGCAGCGGCGUGCAGUGCCUGGCGGUGUUCCGCGAGAAGGAGGACGACGACACUUUCCUGCACUUCGCGUCGGUGUUCACGGUCAUGGAGCCGCGCGACCUCAUGGACAUCUUCUCCCUCACCAUGCCCUCGCUCUUCAACGCCCUCCUCAACAACUCGCAGCUGCUGCAGGUCUUCGCAGCUCUCCUUCAGAACCACAAGGCGUGCCGCCAUUUCGCUGAGGUGCUCGCCAGCUUCCUCGUCACAUCCCGACUCGACGUGUUGCGAACCCCCGACACGCCCGUGGCAGCACUCGUCCUGCAGCUCUUCCGCCUGCUCUUCGGCGCCGUGGCCAAGUACCCCAACGACUGCGAGCGUGUGCUGCAACCCCACAUAUCUUCCAUAAUGGACGCCUCGCUAAAAGCUGCAACCGAUCUCGAGCGCCCCCACGCGUACCUGCAGCUGCUGCGCAUGAUGUUCCGAGCGCUCUCUGGCGGCCGCUUCGAGCUGUUGUACCGAGAGUUCGUGCCCUCGCUCCUCCCCUGCACCAACACCAUUCUCUCUCUCCUUGACGGGCCCUCGGGCCCCCAGCUCAACGACCUGCUUCUAGAGCUCUGUCUCUCUCUCCCCGCGCGCCUCUCCUCGCUGCUCUCCCACUUGCCCCGCCUCAUGAAGCCGCUCCUGAUGGCCCUCCGGGGGUCCGAAGAGCUGGUAGGGCUCGGGCUGCGCACACUGGAGGUCUGGGUGGACUCAGUCAACCCAGAUUUCCUCGAACCCGCCAUGGCUCCUGUGCUCCCAGACCUGCUGCUGUGCCUCUGGUCGCAUCUGCGCCCCAAGCCCUACCCCUAUGGCAGCAAGGCGCUGCAGCUGCUGGGGAAACUGGGCGGGCGAAACCGGAGGCUGAAGGACCCGUUGGUGCUGGAGGCGAAGGAGAACCCGGAGCAUGGGCUGCGGCUGAUCCUCACGUUUGAGCCCAGCACGUCGUUUCUCGUGCCUCUAGACCGCUGCGUGCAGCUCGCCUUUGCUGCUGUCAUGGCAGGCCCGCUCCCCCCGCCGCUCACGGCACCAGGAGCCAACUCAGCAGGAGGGGGGGCAGGUGCGGUGGGUGGGCAGCAGGGGCAGGGGCAGGUGGGGCAGCAGCAGGAGCAGAGAGGCGCACAGGCAAAGGUAGAGCCGCAGGAAGGGAAGGGUGGGGAUGUGAAGUCAGAAGCAGGGCAAGCAGGGGGCGCAGGCGGCCCAAGCAGUGGUCAGGGCACUGGUAGCGGCUCUGCCUCUCACUCCCCUGCCUCAGGACCCACUCGCUCCUCCUCCUCCCACCCCUCCUCUGGUGCCAUCCCAACCCCUCUGGGCACCUUCUCCUCCUCCUCGCCCUCGUCCUUCUCCAAUCCCACGCUCACGCUGCACCUGCGGCGGCAGUCGCUGCGCUUCCUGCGAGUGUGCCUGCUGUCUGUGCUCAACCUGCGCGGCAAUGUGGACCGCGAGGCGGGGAUCAGCUCCCAGCAGCUCGCCUCGCUGCUGCUGUCACCUGCCGAUAGGAGUAGGCACCGGGUGGAGUCCUCUGCUCCCAAGGUUGACAUUGGUGCCAAGACCAAGACUCAGCUGCAAGCGGAGCGUGCCCUCUUCAAGCAGUUGCUCUGUGCUGUCAUCGCUUCCUCCUCCGAACCUGAGCUCCAGGAUCCCGAGGAAGAGCUUGUCCCCAAUAUCUGCCGCCACUUUGCGAUUCUCUCUCACCUUGACAACACCCAAGCCACCCCCCUUGCUGCUGCUGGAGUCCCCAGCAACACCACUGGCUCUGCAGCUGCUCUUGCUGCGUCUCCAGCCACCGCUGCGGCUGCUGCUCCAAAUUCUGGUGUGCCUGCUGUUGGUGGCGGUGGUGCCGCUGCUAUGGCAGCAGGCAGGGGAGCAGGUGGAGCAGGGAGUGUUGGGCGGAGAGGAGGACCUGCAGGAACCAAGGAUGAGGUGAUGACGGAUGCCGCUGCGAACCAGGGUGUGCAGCAGCAGCAGCAGCAACAGCAGCAGCAAGGAGGAAUGGCGAGGAAGCGAGGCAGGGAGGAAGAGGCGGAUAAGGUGAAGCAGGAGGCGAUGGAGGUGGAUGGGAGGGGCCAGGGGGGAAGGCCGGUAGCCGCGGUGACGCCAGCCGAUGGAGAACGGGGGGCCCAGGAAGGUCAGGAUAACAAGCGGAGGUUGGUGGGGCAGCUAGGGGGUGUAGAGGGUGGUCAGCAGCAGGUGGUUGUCCGGCCAGCGCCGGCAGCUGUUGUAGUGCCAGCAGCAGCGGUUGGAGCAGCACUGGUAGUGGUGGCAACACCAACACCAGCACCAGCAGCACAGGCACCAGCAGCAGCAGCAGCAGCAGCAGCAGCAGCAGCAGCAGCAGCGGCGGCGGCAGGGAAGGCGGCACCGUCAGGCAUUGCUGUGCCAGCAGCAGCACAGAGCAAAGGUCUGGCUGCCUCACCCCAAAAAUGCCAGCCGUUGACACCGCAGAGGACAGGCCUAGCCCCUGGCCAGCAGCAGCCAAUGCAGCAGCCACAGCAACAGCUGCAGGUAGUACCCAUGCCUGGGAUGCAAAUGCAGCAGGCGCAGCAGCUAAGACAGGCACCGCCACCCACACAGGCACAGGGGCAGGGGCAGGGGGUUCGUCCACAGGGAGUGGUGCCUCAAGCACAGCCAGGAGCGGGACAAGCACAGCCGGCAGUGGGACAAGUACAGCUGGCAGUGGGGAAAGCACAGCCUGUGCAGCAGGGAGCACAGAGGCAGACGGUUCAGGGGCCUGGUAUUGCACAGCCGGCUGCAGUCCAGGCAGCUGUCGCUCAACCAGCUGUAGCUCAGCCAGCUGUAGCGCAGGCAACUACGGCAGAGCAACCGACGGGGAUAGCACAACCGGCUGUGGCAGGACAGGCAGCUGUGGCAGCUAAAGCAGCACAAGCAGUCGUAGCAACACCGGCAGCCGUAGCAGCACCGGUAGCUGUAGCAACACCUGUAGCCGUAGCAACACCUGCAGCUGUAGCUAAACCUGCUGCUGUAGCAGCGCCGGCAGCUGUAGCAGCAGUAGCAGCACUGGCAGCUGUAGCAGCACCUGCAACACCAGCAGCUGUAGCAGCACCAGGUGCAAAAAGUGGGCCAGCGGUGGCAGGGGUACCAGCUCUUGCUGUCCUCCAGCUUGGCCAGGCAGCGGCAGCAGCUGCAAGCGCACAGGUGGCAAGGCCUGCACAGGCGAGACCAGCACCGGCACAGGUGGAAGGCUCUGGAGGGAGGGGGGCUCCAGUGCAAGGGACAGCACAGGCUCAGACACAGGUGCAGGCUCAGGCACAAGCACAGACACAGCAGGCUAGCGGCACAGUUAGCACGAAGGCAGUAGGGGAGGGGCAGUUGCAGCAGAGCACACAAGCCACAGCAGCAGAGGCAAAGAAAAGUGAGGGUGAGUCAAGUCAGCAGCAGGCUGCACAGGGGAGUCAGGUGCAAGCGAGCAAGGGCACAGAAUUUAAGGCCGUGGAGCAAGGUGUAGCAGUGCAGGGCAAAGAAGGAGGAGAAGGAGGUGGGGAGGGGGAGAAGAAGACAUGUGCAGACAGUCAGACAGAACAAGGGAAAGGUGUUGGUGAGAUGGAAGAGAAGAAAGAGAAGGUAGAGGAGGGAGGCAAGGAGAAGGAAGAGGAGAAGGAAAAGGACAAGAGUGGAGGGAAGGCAGAGGAAGGGGAUGGAGAGAGGAACGAGAAGGUGGGUGCUGGCACGCCUGGUAACGAGGAGCAGGGUAAGGAUGUGGAUAAGCCGAGUGGAGAGAAGGCAAAGGCGAGUGGUGCUGCGGCAGAGGCGGAAGCAGCAGAAGUGAAGCAGGCUGGGGUUACGGAGAAUGGCAAAAGCGAGAAGGAGAAGGAGAAGGAGAAGGAGAAGGAGAAGGAGAAGGAGAAGGAGAAGGAGAAGGAGGGCGCAAGAGUGGAGUCUGAACCGAUUCAAGGUGAGGGUGCUGGUGAUGUGGCAAAAGAGCGGGAUGUGAAGGUGGAAGGGGAGGAUGCAGGGAAGGGUGCCACUGCUGCAGCAGCUGUCGCUGCUGAACCGGAUGUUAAGGAUGCGGAGAAGCUUGUAGGAGAUUCGAAAGUCGGAGGGACUGUUUCGAAGGAUAGUGUGACAGGGGAAGGGAAGGGAGAAGGCAAGGAUGGUGCAGGUGGAGAGGCAGAGGCGGGAAAGGUGGCGAUAGCUGAAGCGGGUGCAGGAGAAGGGGAGAAGAAAGAAGAGGUGACGGAGGGACGGGAGAGCACAGAAGGCAAGGCAGGAAAUGACAAGGGGGAGGAGGAUGGUGCGAAGGAGGCAGGCGAGGGGGAAGCUGAGGGAAAGAAGCAGGUGGUAGAAGGGGUGGGGAACAUUGGCGAUGGGGAAAAAGGGGAGGAGGGCCAGGGGGGCGGUGGAGGGGGAAGAGAGACGGAGAGAGAAGAGGGGGCGGAGGUAAAAGAGGGUGUGGCGACCGGGCCGAGUACAGGAGGGGCCAAUGUUGAAGGGGCUGGUGGGACGAGUGGAGAGACGAAGGAAGACGGUGUGGGAGAGAAGGGGGAUGCGGUGAUGGAGGAAGGGAAGGGUGAGGUGGCUGAAGCUGAGGGGGGCAAGCGUGAGGCGGAAAAGGUGGAGGAGGGUACUGGGGAGGCGAGCGAGAAGGUGGAGAAGGUUGAUGACUCAGUUGCUAUGGAUGUAGAGAAGGAGAGCAAAGGGUUGGGUGGAGGUGUGGAAGUGGAGGGUGGGUUGAAAAAGUAUGGGAAGGAGGGGAAGAGCGAGGGUAUGGAAGAAGAGGAGAAGGCUGAGGUUGCACAGGACAAUGGAGCGGGAGGUAUGGAAGUGGAAGGUGGUAAUGCGGAGGCAGGUGAAGAAAAGGACGAGAAAGUGGAGGAGGGAGAGAAGGCGGAGGAGGGAGGGAAGGUGGAGGAGGGAGGGAAGGUGGAGGAGGGAGGGAAGGCGGAGGAAGGAGUUAAGGAGACAGAAGCAGUAGGAGAGGCCGAAGUAAAGGAGAAAGAGGAGGAGAAGGAACAGGGUGGGAAUGAAAAAGAGGAGAGAGAGGAGAAAGAGGAGAAAGAGGAGGAGGAGGAACGAGAGAAAGGGACUCAAGAAUUGGAGACUGAAGGGGGAGAAAGGGUGAAGAGCUCAGGAGAGGAGAUACGUGGAGGGGAGGGGGCGGGAGGCGGUGAUGCAGGCGAGGAGGAUGCAAAGGGAGGAGUAGGUGAAGGGGGAAUGGUGGAGGAAGAGAAACUUGAAGACGAGAAGACAGCGGAGGUCGAAGCGGAGGAGAAGCCAGCUGAGGAGAAGCCAGAGGAGAAGGCUGAGGAGAUUGUGGAGGCAGAAACAGAGGACAAGGGCGAUGAGAAAGAGCCUGCGGGAGAGGCGCAGCAAGGGGAUGCGCGUCAAGAGGAGGAGAAAGAAGCAGAGGCAGCUGUUGAGGGUGCUGGCGAGGAGCAGGAGGAUAAGGGACAGGCGGCAGCGGAAGCACAGCCGCAGGAGGCCGAGGGACAGGCAGCAGCGGCAGAGGAGGUAGUGGAGGAUGGUGGUGGAGAGGAGAGAGCUGGAAAGUUGGAGGGGGAGGAGAAGGUAGAGGAGAAGGAAGACACUGGGAAGGAUGCAGAAGUGAGCAAGGGUGCAGAGUUGGGCGAGGGUGAGGAGGGUGGAGGAGAAGCGGCAGCAGUAGAGGCGGCAGCAGUGGAGGAGAGCAAGGCGGAGGAAGGAAAGGAGGACAAGAUGGAAGAAGAGGAGAAAGGGCAGAGUGCGGCUGAGGGAGAGGGACGGGCAGAGGCAGGAACGGCGCAAGGUGGGGCAGAAGCGGGAGAGAGGCAAGGCAAACCUGUGGGUGGGACGGAGGAGACGCAAGUAGAAGCGCCGGAGGAGCAAGUGAUGGAAAACGCGGGGGAGAAUGUGGAGGGAGAAGAAAAGGGCAGCAGUGCAGAAGUUGCUGCGGGUGAAGGGGAGACGGAUAAACAGGGCAAGCAGGGGGAGCCAGCAGAGGAGAAGGCUGGAGGCGAUGGGAAGGGGAACCUGGAGGAGGUACGUGAGGGUGGUGGUGAGGGGAAGGAGGGUGGGCAGGGGAACAAGGAGGAGGGGGGCGAGCAAGGUGGUGCGGAGAAGGUCAGUGCUGUGGAGAAAGCAGGUGGAGUGGGGGUAGAUGGAGGAGGGCAGGAUGAUGGUGCGAAAAGGGAGGGAGGGGAAGAGAAGAAGGCGGGUGAAGCAGUGGAAGGAACAGCUAGUGAGACAGCUCGUGCUGCUGCUCCUGAGAAGGCGAAAGAGGCUGAGGAGGAGGGGAAAGGGUCAGCGACAGGGACAGAAGGGGCGGAAGGGGCGAAGGAAGGGGAGUUGGCAGAGGGGGAGGAGCCAUCUCUAGGUGAAGGAGGGAUAAAGAAAGUGGAGGGAGAAGAGAAGGGAGUCGAAGCAGAGGAGAAGGGGAAAAGGGAAGUGGAGGCACACGAGGAGCCGGGUGCGGCAAAGGGCACAUGGGAUGAGGGUGGUUGUUCGGUCAUGGAUGGGGAGCAGCGGGAGACAGGCGAGGGUGUGGCAGAUGGGGCUAAGGGCGAGAAAGAUUCUGGAGUAGGAAGCACUGUGGAAGGCACUGUGGAAGGAGAGAGGAAGAAGGAAGGGGCAGAGGGUGCAGAGGGGGAGGAUGGAAGGAAGGACGGGAAGAAGGACGAUGGGAGUGCAGUGGGCGAAGGGGAGCAAGGCGAGGGAGUAGACGGUGGCAGGGGGGAGAGUGGGCAAGCGGAGGGAGAGAUGGGCAAGGGCAAGGAAAUGGAGGGACGGAAGGAGGACAAGGUGGAGGGCGCAUCGCCGGAGGGGGAGGUUGCCAAGAAGGCAGGAGAAGAGGCUGAGGGGGAGCUUAGAUGUGAGAAGGGUGAGAAGGUUGGUGAGGGGCAGAGUGCGGGUGGUCCAGGAGGUAAGGCGGAGCCAGGCAAGCGCACAGAUGAUGGAGGGAAAGGUAGGGGGGGAGAGGUGUCAGGUGGUGAGAUGCAGCAGGAGGCUGCUAAGUGCGAGGAAGGGAGCGAGGUAGGAAAAGAUGAGGAGAAAGAGGAGGGGAAGGAGGGGGGAGGUGGAAAGGGAGAGGAGAAGGCAAGUGCUGCAGGUGGAUUAGGAGAACGAGACGGCGAAGGGAAGGAGAAGGCUGUGGGGGGGGUGAAUACGAAGGAUGCAGACGAGGGGAAAGCAGCGACUGCAGUGCAGGGGGAGGAGCAGGGUAAGAUGCAGCGCAAGACAGAAGAGACAGAGACGACGGGGACAGACACGGCGGCAGGGGAAACGGCGGCUGAAGGGAAGGGAGUGGAGGGCAAAGAGGAGGGAACAGGCGGUGGGGGUGGAGGGGGGAAGGAAUCUGCGGACAAGAUGGAUGUUGAUUCAACAGGUGGUGGGGCAGGGACGGGGCAGGCUGAAGGGAAGGGGGAUGGAGGGGGGCAGGGACAAGAGGCCCAAGAUGUGAAGAUGGAAGAUGCAGGAGAGGAAUCUAAGGAAUCGAAAGUUCAUCUGCCGAUUGAGCCCCAAAAACCUGCAGCGCCUCAGCAUGCACCAGGGCGGCUGCAGGCCGAGCAGCCUGUGCAGCCUCCCCUCACAUCACCUGCUACACCACUACCGCCAACGCCAACGCCAGCGCCAACGCCAACGCCAGCGCCAGCGCCAGCGCCAACGCCAACGCCAACGCCAGCGCCAACGCCAACGCAAACGCCAGCGCCAACGCCAACGCCAGUGCCAACGCCAACGCCAACGCCAACGCCAACGCCAACGCCAACGCCAACGCCAACGCCAACGCCAACGCCAACGCCAACGCCAACGCCAACGCCAGUGCCAACGCCAGCGCAAACGCCGGCAGCACAACAAGGGCUAAUAGUGCAAACGGCACAACAAGCGUUAGAGGGGCCUAAGCAGCAGCAGCAGCAGGUGGCACAGCAAGGCGUGGCUAUGCAGCGAGGUGGAGUGCAGCAACCGACAGGAGUGGCAGUCUCUCCUUCGCAGUGGCCCACACCGGCUGCGACUGUACACCCACAGCAGCAGCAGCAGCAGCAGCGGAUGGCUCAAUCACCGCAGCAACGGCCACAGGUAGAGGCAACACAAGCUGCAGCUGAGGAUAAGAAGGCACCAAACACACAGAUGGCAGGUCCGCAGACUGCAGGUGCAGUGAAAGUAGAGGCAGUGGAGAGCAGCCAUGGGGCAGUGGGCCCGCACAGCACAGCCGUAGGCCAAGCACAGGUGCCGCCACAGGUAGCAGCACCAGCACAUGCACCGGCACAGGUACCAGCAGCAGCACAUACACCGGCACAAGCACAGGCACAGGUGCAGGCACUGGCACAGGCACAGGCGCAGGCACCGACACCUGCACCUGCUAUUCCGCAGGCUGAUAGGCUGGCCCAAGGCGUGAGUCGGGCGACACAGCAGGGCCAAGCAGCUCCGACUCCUGGUUCUGCCCAAAGCCCUGCGCAACCUACACAAGGCCCGUCACAGGGUGAUCAGCGAGCGACGUUGCCUGGGGCGCAAGGAGUGCAAGGAGGGCAGCAAUUGCCGCAAGGAGCACAGCAGUUGCAGCAACGAGCGGCUGUGCAGGCCCAGCCACCGCAGCAGCCUGUGGGUCGUCCGCAAGGGCAACCAAUGCCUGCUCUGCAACAACAACAGAGGCAGCAGCCACAGGCACAGCAGCAGCAGCAGCAGCAGCAGCCGCUGCAGAGGCAGCAGCCACAGGCACAACAGCAGCAGCAGCAGAUUCAACAGCACCCACAGCAGCAGGCCUUCCAGCAGCAAUCACAGCAGCAGACGCCGCAGCAGCAGCAGCAGUCGUCCCUGCGUGUCCUAGACCCCAUCAUCUUCAUCGAUUCCCUUGUGUCCGUGCUCGUGGCGGAGAACCGAGCGCAUGCGCGCGCCGCCGUCACCGCACUCACCGCCUUCGCAGACUCGGUCAUUCUCAUGGCGCGCUGCCGACAGGCAGGCACUGCCAUCCCUGCCAUGCUCCCCACGCCGGGGACACCGGGAAUGGUGUCUUCCCCGUCGAUGAGUGUGGUAGCGCCUGCACCCCCUGGGCUGAGAGUGCCGGUGCUGGAGGAGCUGCUGGCGCGCCUGCUGCACUGCUGCUACGGGCUGGCGUGGCACGAGCAGAUCGGCGGGGUGAUGGGGCUGGGUGCGCUCGUGGGCAAGGUGCCCGUGGACAUGCUCAGCCUCUUCCAGUCCCGCAUCGUGCGCGCUCUUCUCUUCGUGCUAAGGAGGCUGCCUCAGCACUCAGUUAGAGAGCACGAGGAGACAACUCUUGUCCUUACCCAGGUCCUACGAGUGGCCAACAGCAUGGAUGACACGGCGUCAGAAGAGCGCACCGCCAGCUUCCGCUCCGUGCUCGAAGUCCUUGCAGUGGAGCUGUUCAACCCUAACUCGCCCGCCAUCGUGCGCAAGAAUGUGCAGGCCAGCCUCGCGCUCCUCGCCUCGCGCCGCGGCUCCGAGGUGUCGGAGCUGUUGGAGCCCACGUACCAGCCGCUGCUCGCCCCGCUGCUCAGCCGCCCCCUGCGAUCGCGACACGUUGAGCAGCAGGUGGGCACCGUCAUGUGUGCCAACUUCUGCCUCGCCCUGCGCCCACCCCUCCUGCGCCUCACCCCGGAGCUCCUCACCCUCCUCCAAGACGCGCUGAGCGUGGCUGAGGCGGACGAGGCAGUGCUCCAUGCCAAGUUCCUCACGGGGCGGCAGGCCGCUGUGCUCAUGCGCCUGCGUUCCGCGUGCAUCGAGCUGCUCUGCACCGCCAUGGCGUGGGACGAGUGCAAGGCGCCCGGCCACGCCGAUAUGCGCUCGCGCAUCAUCGCCAUGUUCUUUAAGUCGCUCACGCUGCGCACGCCCGAGAUUGUCAGCGCGGCCAAGGAGGGGUUACGGCAGGUGAUCAUGCAGCAGCGCCUGCCCAAGGAGUUGCUGCAAUCCAGCCUGCGGCCCAUCCUCGUGCACUUUGCGCACUACAAGAGCCUCAACCUGCCGCUGCUCCAGGGUCUGGCGCGGCUGUUGGAGCUGCUGUCGAACUGGUUCAAUGUGACGCUGGGCGACAAGCUCAAGGACUACCUGGCCAAGAUGCUUGAGCCCGACAGAGGGCCCACACAGGGGCAGAGGGCAUGGCGCCCGGGGGAAGAGCCCAAGAUAGCCGCUGCCAUUCUGGAGCUCUUCCACCUGCUGCCGUCCCAAGCUGUCAAGUUCCUGGACGACCUGGUGCACCUGUCCAUGCAGCUGGAGGCAGCUCUCCCGCCCACGUCCCUCCUCUCGGACCUCAACUCGCCGUACCUGCAGCCGCUCACCAAGUUCCUCAACCGCUACGCACACGAGUCUGUCGACUACUUCCUCGCGCGCCUGGGCCAGCCCUCCUUCUUCCGCCGGUUCCUCGCGAUCAUCCGGUCCGACACGGGCGUGCCGCUGAGGGAGGAGCUGGCGCGGUCGCCCAAUAAGAUCAUCGGCGCCGCGUUCCGGUCCGUGGCACCCUCGCUGGGGCUCACGGACUUGCCCCAGCCCGCGCAUCCGCUCACUCCUGCUCAAGAGGUGGAGGUGCAGAUCAACGGCAUAGCGCUGGUGCGCGCGCUGGUGAAGCUGCUGCCGGACUGGCUGGGCGGGCAGCGCCAGAUCUUUGAGGCGCUGCUGCACCUCUGGCACUCGCCCGCACGCAAGCAGCGCCUCAUGCGCGAACAAGACCUGCCCCUGCACAUGGUGAAGGAGAGCAAGUGGCUGGCCAAGUGUUUCCUCAACUACGUGAAGCACAACCGUGAGGAGGUGGACGUGCUCUUCUCUCUGCUCGCCAUCUUCCGCGUGCGCACGCGCAUCGACUUCACCUUCCUCAAGCGCUUCUUCAUGCUCCAGCUGGCAGAGACGUACUCGCCGCAGCAGCGCAAGCUAGUCCUGCUGCGCUUCCUGGUGCUCUACCAAGGCGGCAUCCUCACCAACCCCGCGCAGCCACCAGCAGGGCAGCCUGGAGCCCAAGCAGCAGCAGGGGGGCCGGGCAGCCAGGUGAUGCCGGCGGCGCACCAGGAGGCGAUGGUGACGGCGCUGCAGCUGCUGAUCAUGCCCAUGCUCUCGCACUCGCUCAGCCAUGGCCAUGGGCCCGAGCUGCUGGACGCCACUGUCAUCCGCACCAUUGUGGACCGCCUGCUUGACCCGCCAGAAGAGCUGAGCGCGCAGUACGACGAGCCGUUACGCAUAGAGCUGCUGCAGCUGGCAACCCUGCUCAUCCGCUACACGCCCAACGAGCUGAAGCUGCACCGGCGCGAGCUGAUCAAGUUUGGGUGGAACCACCUCAAGCGCGAGGACAGCAGCAGCAAGCAGUGGGCCUUCGUCAACGUCUGCCACUUCCUCGACGCGUACCAGGCGCCUGAGAAGAUCAUUCUGCAGGUGUUUGUCGCGCUGCUGCGCGCCUGCCAGCCGGAGACCCGCCUGCUCGUGAAGCAAGCCCUGGACGUUCUCAUGCCGGCUCUGCCCAACCGGCUGCCUCAGGGGGACCAGAAGAUGCCGCUAUGGAUCCGAUACACUAAGAAGAUUUUGGUCGAAGAGGGGCAUUCGAUUGCGCACCUGGUGCAUAUUUUCCAGUUGAUUGUGCGGCACGCAGACCUUUUCUACCCCUCACGCGCCCAGUUCCUGCCGCAGAUGGUAAACUCGCUGCAGCGCCUGGCCCUGCCGCUCAACAGCUCCCUCGAGAAUCGCCGCCUGGCCGUGGACCUCGCAGGGCUCGUGGUCAACUGGGAGAAGAAGCGGCGAGAGAAUGAGGCGGCGGCUGCUGCUGCUGCUGCCGCUGGUGGUAGUGGUGCUGGUGGUGCUGAUGGUGCUCCAGCAGGAGGAGGAGGGGAGGGUGGUGAGGUCAGUCAAGUGGUAGGUGGGGCGAAGAGGGAGUUGGGCGGAGGCGAGGAGAAGGAGGAAGGGAGUGCUGCUAAGAGGAUGAAGCUGGAGGAGGGGCAUGCGCUGGGGCCAGGUGCUGCAGUUGGCACUGCUCCCAGCGCGGCUGCUGGAGCAGGAGGAGCAGCUGGUGCAGCAGGAGCAGCUGGAGGAGCAGCAGGAGGAGCCGGAGCAGGAGGAGCGGGGACGCCAGGAGGGGACGAUGAUUUCCGGCCGCACACGGGCAUGGAGGACAUGGUGCUCAACUUCCUCAUCCGCUUUGCGUUUGUGUCGGAGCCCAAGGACAAGGACACCACAGCGCUGCACCAGCAGGCGCUGCAGCUGCUGGAGGAGGCGCUGGGGCUGUGGCCGUGGGCCACUGUUAGGGUCAACUACAUCGAGCGCCUGCUCGCGCUGCACCAGCAGCAGACUGCCGCACAGCAGAAGGCUCAGCAGUCCGCCGCAGGGGAGGGGGGAGACGCCAACCAGGCAGGAGCUGGCAAGGCAGCGCCGGGUGGGGGGGCAGCAGCGACCAAGGACCUAUCGCUUGCGCUGCUGACAGGCAUGGGGGUCAUUGAGACGUGCCUGCGGAAGAGCCCCCUCUCCUUCCUGCGCCACAACUCCAUGCAUGUGCUUCAGAUCAUAGAGCCGUGCAUGAGGAGCCGGUCCAAGGAGGUCAUUGCAUGCCUCUGCCGCAUCCUCCGCACGCUCUUCUCAACCGCCGCCUCCCUCUCGCCUCCAUCCGCCACCCGUGCCUCAGCUGCCUCUGCUGCUGCUACACCUGCUGCUGCCGCCGGCCCUGCCGCCACCCCUUCCGCUGCCGCUCCCUCACCUGCUGGUCAAGCUGCUGCUGCUGCGGCAGCAGCAGCAACAGGGGGAGAGGGGAGCAAGGGGCGGGAGGACGACCCAGCAGCGAGGGAGGCGUAUCUGGAGCAGGUGAAUGUGGUGGCGCAGAGGGUGGAAGAAGUGACGCAGAAGCUUCUCAUGUCCAUUGUCUCUCCUCAGGCCUCUGCCUCAGGCUCUGCUGCUGCGGCACCUGGGCAAACUCCUGGAGCCUCCGGCCCAGGUGGUUCUGCUGCUGGUGCAGCAGGAUCAGGUGCCAUGUUACCACCGCAGCAGCAGCAACAGGGUAGAGCAGCAGGGGCACCCGGUCUGCCUCCCUUGGCUUCCCGACCUGGUGCUGCUGGCGCUGCUGGCAUUGCGCACGCGGCAGGGGCAGCUACUCCCCAGGGAGGAGCACCUGGUGCAGGUACAUCUGCAGGGGCAGCAGCAGCCGCACCAGCAGGCAUGGCUCGAAGUGCCACGCCGACGCUUCCUUCCUCCUCCCUUCCCUCUGCACCGGCCGUGCUAUCCCCCGCGAACAAUGCUGGUAUCAGAGCGUCGCUAGCAGUCCUGCACACGCUGGCAGCCACUGAGCAGCAGCAGAUAGUGGAUCGCCUGCUGCCAGUGCUCGUGCCCACGGCGCUCCACCUCUCCAGAAGUAUCGCUGCUGCAGGCCCUGCUGCUGGCACGUCCGCCGAUGCACAGGCGGAUGAAGCAGCAGGGGGCCGAGGCAAGCCGCCAUCCCCAGGCCUGGCGGCACUGGCAGGAGCAGGAGCAGGAUCAGGCAGCUUCAGCGCAGCAGCCGGGAGCGCUGCUGCCACCGCUGCUGCUGCAGGCGCUGCUGGUGGCGGUGGUACUGGGGGAGGGGCAGGUGGGGGAGGUGCAGCAGGGGCAGGUGGGGAGGAGGAGGGCCCAGGGCUGGUUGCAGCGGGGGUGGAUAAUCUGUGUGACGCCUUGGAGUUGCUGGGCAGGCGAGUGCUCUAUGUGACUGACUGCCGGCGGCAGUUUGGGCUGCUGCUGCAGAGCCUGCUGACGGAUAGAGCCACGGACCCCGCUGUGCUGCUGUCCAUCCUGGAGAUUGUGUGCCGAUGGGUCGACACUGAGUUCAGGGUGUCGGUGGUGCGGGGGGCGCAGCAGCAAGCGGAGCUGGUGUACACGGGCAUGUUGAACGCGCGCGACGUGGUCAACUUCCUCUACAAGCUCGCACUCGUCACCAAGGAGCGCCGCCUCUGCCACCUGCACUUCGCGCCCUCCCGCUCCUCCCGCGCCUCCUCCGCCGCGGCGCUCGCUGCUUCCACGGACUCUCCUGCCAUGCCGGCUGGGGCCCAGCCCAGUGCAGACUCCUCUGCUGCGUCGGCCUCGGAGCCUCCUCGCGACUGGGAAACCAAGUUCCUCGGGCUGCUCUACUCCCUCUGCUCCGAUACCACCAGGUACCCCACGCCCAUCCGCCAGGAGGUAUUCCAGAAGGUGGAGCGCGUAUUCAUGCUUGGGCUGCGCUCGCGCUCCCCGUCUCUCCGCGCCAAGUUCUUCUCCCUCUACAACGACGCCAUAGGGCGCCAGCUGUGCACACGCCUGCAGUUCAUCAUCCACGGGCAGAGCUGGGAGGCCCUCGCCGACAGCUUCUGGAUCAAGCACGCGCUCGACCUGCUGCUCGCCAUCCUCAUCGACCGGGAUAGCGUUACUCUCGCGCCGAAUUCCGCGCAGCUGCCCCCCCUCAUGCCGGCUGGCGGCGUGCCCCUGCACGCCGCCGUUCCUGCUGGGAGCUCCGGGGGAGUGUCCGGAGGAGGGGGAGGAGGAGGGAGUGGAAGUGGAAGUGGAGGGGUGGAGGGAGGUGUGUCAGAAGACGAAGGUGGGCGCCUGUCCUUCAACUCGCUGGUAUCAAAGCACACCAAGUUCAUCAAUGACUCCCUGCGCCUGCAAGUGUCGGACCUACUGCACCCGCUGCAGGAGAUGUCGCUGGAGGAGCCAAUGGUGGCGUACCACCUGUGGGUGCUGGUGUUCCCCAUCGUGUGGGCGUCGCUGCACAAGGACGAGCAGGUGCAGCUCGCCAAGCCCAUGAUCGCGCUGCUGUCAAGGGAGUACCACUUCCACCAGCUGCACCGCCGGCCCAAUGUCGUACAGGCCCUGCUCGAAGGCAUCAGUUUGAGCCAGCCGCAGCCAAAGAUCCCCUCGGAGGUGAUAAAGUACCUGGGGCGCACGUUCAACGCGUGGCACGUCGCCAUCCCCCUGCUUGAGAGCCACGUCUCCAUGUUCCCCCAGGACGCCCGCUGCUUCGACGCCCUUGCUGAGCUCUACAGGCUGCUCAACGAUGCGGACAUGGUGCACGGGCUGUGGCGCAGCCGCAAGGCGGCCCAAGAAACCCACGUGGCGCUGGCCCUCCAGCAGCACGGGUUCUGGCGCGAGGCGCAGGAUGUGCUCUCUCGCGCCAUGACCCGCUGGCAGCACGGCCGCUUCACCAACCAUGAAGUGGGCAAAGCCGAAGAAUCCCUCUGGGAGGAGCAGUGGCUGGCGUCCGCAUGGCAGCUGUGCCAGUGGGAUGUAUUAUCCGAGUUUGGGAGGGAGUUGGACAACUACCAGGUGUUGCUGGACGUGGAGUGGAGGAGGGGGAACUGGGCGCUGCUGCGGGAUACGGUGCUGCCUAAGGCACAGGUGGAGGAGAGUCCGAGGGUGGCGAUCGUGCGCGCGUACUGCAAGCUGCAGGAGGGCACUCUGGAGAGCAUUCAGGAGGCGGAUCAGCUCAUCUCCCUGGGGGUGUCUCUGGCACUGAGUCGGUGGUGGCAGCUGCCGGUGGUGGGUGUGCAGCCGCACCUGCCCUUACUGCAGCAGUUCCAGCGCCUGGUGGAGCUGCAGGAGUCAGCACGCGUGCGCCUAGACAUAGCAGCCGGCGCCAAGCACCACAAGCUCAUGGCGCUGCACGGCGGCUCACGCGACGCCGCGGCCGCAGCAGCAGGCGCAGCAGGAGGGGGGGGAGCGGGUGGGGGUGUGGGGUCGUCGUCAUCGUCGGGGGCUGCGGGGGCGCCGUAUGCGUUCACUCAGCUGAAGGAUGUGCUGGACACGUGGCGGAUCAGAGUGCCGAACGAGUGGGAGGAGGUGGCGGUGUGGAGUGACGUGCUGCAGUGGCGCAACCACGUCUACUCCUUCAUCAUUUCGUCCCUCGAGUCUCUGCCGGAAACCAGUCCGGACCUGCGCUCUCUGGGUUUCCGCGACAAGGCAUGGAGCGUGAACCGCCUUGCAUCCGUAGCGCGCCACCACGGGCUGGGCAGCACGUGCGUGCGCCUGCUCAACUCCCUCUACGGCUACAUGACCAUGGAGGUCCAAGAGGCCUUCACCAAGAUCCGAGAACAAGUCAAGGCGUACAUGGAGAUGCGGGAAGGCGGCGGGAAGCUUCUUACGGGGUUAAAUCUGAUCAACGUCACGCGGCUGGACUACUUCCCGCAGCCGCUGCAGGCGGAGAUUUUCCGCCUCAAGGGGGAGUUUCUGCGGCGCAUGGGCGAUGGGGAUGGCGCGCACGUGGCCUUCUCCACGUCCGUGUCGCUCUGCAAGAGCUCGCCCAGGGGGUGGCUCAGCUGGGCCUGCUACUGCGACCAGGUAUGGCAGGACACGGGGGUGCCGGUGUGGCUAGAAUACGCCGUGACCUGCUACUUCCAGAGCAUCACAUACGGCUCACCACGCGGCCGCACGUUCCUCUCGCGCGUGUUGUACCUGCUGUCCUUCGAGGACGGCGACGGCACCGUGGCGCGCGCCUUUGACAAGCACUCCGACAACGUGCCGCACUGGGUGUGGCUCGCCUGGCUGCCGCAGCUGCUGCUGUCCCUGCAACGCCCCGAGAUGCCCCACGCCAAGGCCAUUCUCUUGCGCCUCGCUGCAUCCUACCCCCAGGCGCUCUAUUACUGGCUGCGCACGCACGUUCUGGAGCGCAGAGACGUGGCGCAGAGAGCAGCAGCUCGCCCCCACGCUGCUGCUGCGGCAGCUGCUGCAGCGGCGGCAGCAGCAGCAGCUGCAGGGGCAGGUGCAGGAGGGCCAGGUAUGGGAGGCGGGGCUGGCGCUGGUGGUGCUGGCGCUGGGGCUAGCAACAUGGGAUCAGCAGGGGGGCCGCCAGCAGCAGCAGGCAGCUCUGGCGGUGGCGCUGUGCUUGGAGCAGGAGGCCCAGCAGGGGCACACACAGGUGCUGGUGGUGCUGCCGGGGGGCCAGGCGGGGGAGGUGCGACUGGGGGAGGGCAGGGAGGAGGAGCAGGAGGGCCGAGCGCAGCAGCAAGGGCUGUGCCUGCCAUGUCAGAGUCGCGAACAGCGGUGUCUGCUGCUUCGAAUGACGCGGGGCCGCCUUACAACAACCCUGGGGGGGGUGCCAGGCCUGCUGGACGACCCUUGGGGGCAGCAGGGACGGCUGAUGCAGCAGCAGCAGGAGCAUCCCCUGGCCAAGCAACAGCAGCGGCGGCGGCAGCAGCAGGGGCGGCGGCGCCGACAGCUCUAGCAGCAGGAGGGCCGGUGGUGGGUGUGGCUCGGCGCUCGGCUGCUGCAGGUACACCAGGGGGAGGCGCAGCCGGCGCUGCUGCCGCUGCUGCUGCUGGUGGCGCUGCUGGCAGCAGCAGCAGCACGAGCAGCUGGCAGGCAGCGGCAGUGAUGGCGUUUGAAGCGGCAAUGGAGGUGAUGGAGGCGCUGCGCACCAAGUAUGGCAGCCUGGCAUCAGAGCUAGAGGUCAUGCUCACAGAGAUCGGCGUGCGCUUCGUGCCCCUCCCAGAGGAGCGCCUGCUGGCCGUCGUGCACGCGCUGCUGCACCGGUGCUACCGCUACCCCACCGCCACCACCGCCGAGGUGCCGUUAUCUCUCAAAAAGGAGCUGUCUGGUGUGUGCCGCGCGUGCUUCUCUUCAGACACCGUCACCAAGCACACCGAGUUUGUCAACGAGUACAAGCGGGAGUUCGAGCGCUCCCUCGACCCCGAGUCCACGGACACCUUCCCCAAGUCCCUAGCUGACCUCACAGCGUCCCUCAAACACUGGGAGGGGGUGCUCCAGCGGAACAUCGAGGAGCGGCUGCCAGCGGUGCUGAAGCUGGAGGAGGAGAGCCGGCAGUUGCGGGAGUGGAAUGUGAUGGAUAUAGAGGUGCCUGGGCAGUAUUUCAACGACCAGGAUGUACCGCCAGAGCAUGCUAUCAAGCUUGAUCGCAUCGCUCCCGAUGUGCCGAUCAUUCGCCGCCACGGCAGCAGCCACCGGCGGCUGUCGCUCGUGGGCAGCGACGGGUCGCAGAAGCACUUUCUGGUGCAGACGUCCCUCACGCCGUCUGCACGCAGCGACGAGCGCACGGUGCAGCUGCUGCGGUCGAUCAACCGAGCGGCGCUGCUGAAGCACAGAGACACGAGGAGGCGCAACCUGGCGUUCCACACGCCCAUCAUUGUCCCUGUCUGGCCGCAGGUGCGGCUGGUGGAGGACGACGUCACCUACUGCACCUUCGCGGAGGUGUACGCGAUGAACUGCGCACGGUACAACCGCGAGGCGGACCUCCCGAUAGCCAAGUUCAAGCACGACCUGAAUGCCGCCAUCAUCAACCAGCUGUCGGGGGAGCGGCUGGUGGCUCUGCGGCUGAGGUCGUACCGCGAGAUCACGGCGCACCUGGUGUCCGAGAAUAUCAUGUCGCAGUUUGUGUACAAGUCGCUGCCGUCAUCGUCGCACCUGUGGACGUUUAAGCGGCAGCUGGCGUCGCAGCUGGCGCUGUCGGGGUGUGUGUCGUUCCUGCUGCACAUAGGGGGGCGAUCGCCCAGCAAGACUCUGUUUGCCAAAAACACCGGAAAGAUCUUCCAGAACGACUUCCACCCAGCGUACGACCACAAUGGCAUGGUGGAGUGCCAGGAGCCGGUGCCCUUCCGGCUGACUCGCAACCUGCACACCUUCUUCACGCCCUUUGGCACGCUCGGCAUCUUCAUGUCCGCUCUCUGUGCCGCAGCCCACGCCAUCCUCGCUCCCAAGCGGCACGACAUGCGGCACCACUUUGCCAUGUUCUUCCGGGACGAGCUCAUCUCCUGGUCCUGGCGCAGGCCGCCCUCGCUGGGCCCGCCUGGGGCAGCCAGCAACAGCGGCAGCAUAGCAACUGCGGACCUCAAGGCUAAAGUGGCAGCUAAUGUGGAGAGCGUGUGGCGCAGGCUGCAGCGCGUGGCGCCACAGAGCUACGUGGGCGCCAUUGCUGCUGCUGCCGCUGCUGCAAGCGAGAUUCUGCAGAGCGACGUGCCUGAGCUGCGGUCGGUGCAGCAGGGGGCCAUGGAGCUGGUGGAAGCAGCGCUCAAACCAGAAAACCUCUGCAUGAUGGACCCCACAUGGCAUCCCUGGUUCUGAUUCUCCGAAUGCGCACUGCCUGAUGUGAUUUUGCCAACACGAAUAACUAACACGGUACCUAACAUAGGGUAUCAUUGAUAUAGGGUACAUACAUACUCAUGCAACCAUGUAUGACGCCUUGAGCUUUCAAGGUGCUGCUAUAUAAUCUAGCAUGUUGGGUUUGAGUUGAGAUUAGACCUUAGUUAUUUUGAAAACGAAUGUGGCUGUGCAAUACUUUCUUACUGAAUGCUUUGUGGAAUUCAUAUACUA